GAGUUUCUUAAAGGAAUCAAUUUUAGAACCACAAGUUCAAACCACAGGGACGGGGCUUUGCAGAGGUUUCCCAGGGAGCCAUAUGUCCCCCCAGCUUCCCUUCCCCAUAUUACUCCCCCCCGGUCACCGCUGGACAUAGGGGCCGGCUCCCCCGUCCCCUUCUCAUUCUUGGGGAGCCUUCAGCCAGGACGGAGAUAGUUUAGGCUUCUGGCCGUCCUGUAAUGGGACCAUCUGUAUUUGAUCAGCUUGAGAAGGGGGUGGGGGAUUAGUGGGGAGGAAGCAGUGAAAGCAUUCCAGAGUGGUGAGAGAGACCCAAAGACCCAGAAAAGACAGCACCGCCCCCCACCUUCUGAUCCCAGACUCCCCCCGCCUCCCAGGCUAACCCAGGGGUUGAGCCUAAGACGCAGACUGUACACUCCUUCCUUCCCUUCCAGCUCCACACAGAAGCCUGACUGCCAUGGGGCCCCAAACCCCUCUCCUCGUCCUGUUGCUUCUGUCCCUUCCCAAGUCCCUUCAGGGACAGCAGCAGCACCUCGUGGAGUACAUGGAACGCCGGUUGGCUGCCCUGGAGGAGCGACUGGCCCAGUGCCAAGACCAGAGCAGCCGACAUGCUGCUGAGCUUCGGGACUUCAAGAACAAAAUGUUACCCCUGCUGGAGGCAGCGGAGAAGGAGCGGGAAACUCUGAGGUCUGAGGCGGACAGCAUAGCGGGCAGGGUAGACCGGCUGGAGCGGGAGGUUGACUAUCUAGAAACCCAGAACCCUGCCCCACCCUGUAUCGAGGUGGAUGAAAAGGUAACAGGAGGACCUGGGCCCAAGGCCAAGGGCAGAAGGAAUGAGAAGUAUGAUAUUCUGACAGAAUGUAGCCACACAAUCUCCCAGGUGAAAUCCAUGAAGAUCUUGAAGCGUUUUGGGAGCUCCGCAGGGAUGUGGACCAAGGACCCACUGGGGCAUUCAGAGAAAAUCUUUGUGCUUGAUGGGACUCAAAAUGACACAGCCUAUGUCUUCCCACGCUUGCGUGACUUCACCCUCUCAACAGCUGCCCGCAAAGCCUCUCGGGUCCGGCUGCCCUUCCCCUGGGUGGGCACUGGGCAACUGGUCUAUGGAGGAUUCCUCUAUUACGCUCGCAGGCCCCCUGGGGGACCAGGUGGAGGUGAGGAUCGAGGGGACAUGUUGCAGCUCAUCAAAUUUCAUUUGGCGAACCGGACUGUGGUGGACAGUUCUGUGUUCCCUGCUGAAGGGCUGAUCCCGCCCUAUGGGCUCUCCAAGGAUACGUACAUUGAUCUGGCAGCUGAUGAGGAGGGGCUGUGGGCUGUCUAUGCUACCCAGGAAGAUGACCGACACUUGUGCCUUGCCAAGCUGGAUCCCCAGACCCUGGACACGGAGCAGCAGUGGGACACCCCCUGCCCACGGGAAAACGCGGAGGCCGCCUUCGUCAUCUGCGGGGCCCUUUAUGUUGUCUAUAACACCCGGCCUGCCAGCCGUGCCCGUGUGCAGUGUUCUUUUGAUGCCAGUGGUGCUCUGACCCCAGAGCAGGCAGCCCACCCUUACUUCCCCCGUCGUUAUGGAGCCCAUGCCAGCCUCCGGUAUAACCCCCGGGAGCGCCAGCUUUAUGCUUGGGAUGAUGGCUACCAGAUUGUCUACAAACUGGAGAUGAGGAAGAAGGAGGAAGAAGUUUGAGAGACCCUGCCUCCCGUCAACUUUGUCUCACUCAGUUUCCUGUUCCUCAAUCUCCAGAUUCUUCAAAUUUGGGUAAAUUGUAAUUGAACGCUCCUAUUUUAUGCUGCUUGGGGCCAAAACACUCAUAGCCUUUGGUUUGAUAUGGAACACAGGCUCCAAAGCCUUGAAUGUUUCAGUUGUAGCCAGAAGGAUGAAAAUCCCAUACCUCAUAUUCAAGCUAGCUUUGGUCCCCUGCCCCAUAUCUUUAAAUCUCAAACCAAUCUGAGAAUAACUGGGCCCAGAGAACUCUAGGCCCUGCAUGGCGGGAGGAGGGGAGAAGUGGACAGGGCAGAGACCACAGAGAGUAUAGUAGGAAGCAAGUACAGGGUUUCAAGCUCUGGGGAGUGGGGAGGUGUAAGGUGCAAAACCCCAUAAUUCUAUUACGUCACCAAAACUUUCUCCCUGCCACCCUCACCUCACCUCACUAGGAGAACUGAAAUUCUUUUAACAUUGUUUUACAUUGUGGUAUUUUGCAUUAAAUGGGAAAAAAAAUCAAAA